GCUUUGUUUUUUGUUUGCCGGGAGCACCCUGUUCCAAUUGUACAAAAUUCCGGUCGCGUUAAAAUUAAAAUUAUACAAUAAAACGCGUAAAUUCGUUGAAAAAAACAUGUGCAAUAUGCUCCCAGCGGUGUUGUUGACCGAUGAGCAGUGACGGACGCAGCAAUUGCUCUACAACCACCCCACCACCCCCGCGCGUCAUCCAAAAACGUGACUAAUGCACUGCUCGCGUAGCCUCUCUGCUGCUGGCGCCGUGGACAACACAACAACAACAUUCUACACGGCAGCAGCAGCGACAUCGGCGUCGGCAGCAGCCUCGGCCAGCACAACGCCGACGUCGAACAAGACGACAACAAUGGCCACAACGGGGGUAACGGCGACCACAGGGCAAGCGGCAACAAAUGCUAAAGAUGGUAAGUUCCGCUUUUGGUCAAAGUCCAGCCCGCCUUCAACGAGCAGCACACCACAUCCCACUUCUGGCGUCACAAUGCGGGAGAAGAAAGGUGGAGCCCUGCAAAAGCUCAAGAAGAGGCUGUCCCAUAGCUUUGGCCGAUUAACAAUUUCCCGCGAAGAUGGCGAUGAGGCGACGCAUCAUCAUCACCAUCAUCAUCAUCAUCAUCGCGGCGGUCAUGGCGGGCAUCAUAAUCACGGUAAUAAAGUUCCAUAUAAUGGCUACAAUUCGGAGGAAUAUCUGGAUCGUCUCGAACCGAAUGGCAAUAUACCCGCUGAUAAAACAAAUUGCAGAUAUAGAGCCCAAGAAUCUGCGAAAAAUGAUAAUAAGAAACCACAAGACUGGCGCAGCACGGACAGCACCGACCAUCAUGAUCGCGUCCAGAGGCAAUUGUCCGUCUCCUCCGACAGCAAGCUGCUGGACGAGGACAUUCGUGAGGAGAUGAAGUACCAUUCGCAUGUGGUCAUGCGUCCCAAGAAGCCGCCCAGACCCAAGUCCGAGGUGUUCCUCAACAAGCAGGAUCCACAUCCGCGACGCAAGCGCUUCAGUGCAUUUGGUGGCGACUCCCCAUUUGGGAAACAGGAGGCCUACGUCAAGCUGGAGCCACUGGGCGAAGGGUCCUAUGCGACGGUCUACAAAGGAUUCAGCAAAUUAACCUACCAGCGGGUGGCGCUGAAGGAGAUCCGGCUGCAGGAGGAGGAGGGCGCACCGUUCACGGCCAUCCGUGAGGCCUCGCUGCUGAAAGAACUGAAGCACAGCAAUAUCGUGACGCUGCACGACAUCGUGCACACCCGAGAGACGCUGACCUUUGUCUUUGAGUAUGUGAACACGGAUCUGUCGCAAUAUAUGGAGAAACAUCCUGGCGGUCUGGACCAUCGCAAUGUGCGCCUGUUCCUCUUCCAGCUGCUGCGCGGUCUCUCCUACUGCCACAAGCGGCGUGUCCUCCAUCGCGACGUCAAGCCGCAGAAUCUGCUAAUCAGCGACUGCGGCGAACUGAAGCUUGCCGACUUUGGCCUGGCCAGGGCCAAAUCCGUACCCAGUCACACAUAUUCGCAUGAGGUCGUCACGCUGUGGUAUCGUCCACCAGAUGUCCUGUUGGGCAGCACCGAGUACUCAACGUCGCUGGACAUGUGGGGCGUUGGUUGCAUCUUUGUGGAAAUGGUCACUGGGAUGCCCACAUUCCCCGGCAUACGUGAUACCUACGAUCAGUUGGACAAGAUAUUCAAAUUGCUGGGCACACCCACAGAGGAGACGUGGACGGGGGUAACCCAUUUCCCAGGCUACAAGCCGCACAAGUUGGGUUUCUAUCGGCCAAGGAAACUGGGUCACAAUUUCCCACGACUGUACGACAUCAUCGAGGGUGAGACGAUAGCGAACGCCUUUCUGCAGCUGAAUCCAGAGGAGCGGAUCGGCGCCGAUGAUGCACUGCUGCAUCCCUACUUUGCGCAGUUGCCAAAGAAACUCUACGAAUUGCCAGACGAAACCUCAAUAUUCACCGUGGAAGGCGUGCAGCUGUACACGGAGCCAAAUCGACAGAAUAAAUGAAAAUUAAAGCAGGUCCUCUCUGUGGAUGGCGUACGUUUCUAUUGUUAGGGGAUCCUAAAAACAAGAGCCCAGCCCCCAACCCACCCCAACACCCAAAUGAAAUAUAUCUAAACCCCCCAUCAAGCUCCUGGACUAGGCACAAGACAUCAAUCGUAUCAAUCAACCAAUCAACCAAUCACUUCAGACAGCCAUAUAUUAUCGACGAGGGAGCGCGUUCCAGUUGCUGACGUUUUUGUACUAUAAUUCUACGAUACUUUCUAGUUAUUAGUUGCAUUCAAAAGUUAGUGAGUGAAGCGCGUAGCGAGCGUACUAGCAGAUACUUUAAACAAUUUCAAAUACGGAUUGUACACAGCUGUGCAGCGGCCUUUUAUGUUCAGUCAAAGUGUUACAUUUAGUUUCGAUUUCUUUGUAUUCUAAGGCUGGACAUCGCUGUCCCCAUCCCGCGGCCUUCUUGUCGAUAAGGAUACUCAAUGUAGUCAGUGCGCAGAUGUGUUUUUUUUAGCGUUUUCUUUCGUUUUUUUGUAUCAUCUAAAGUCUCGUGUCUGCGUUAAAUGAUUUGUGAAUGUGUUGUGUAUCGUAUUUAGUUUCGAUUUUAGUUAUUUUUGAGUGCAAUCCACACACAAAAUUGAUGGCCGCUCAUCGCAUCGCUCAGUGCAAAAGUGGAAGCAAUUUUCACGCCAUUUGUCACAGCGAUCGAUCGAUCGAUCCAUCAAGCAC